AACUACAAGAAGUAUUGUAGUGUGCUAAUUCCUACAAGGACAAGGAUCUCUCUCUCUCUCUCUCUCUCCACUGGUGGGUGACCGGACUGGGUUGGGAAUAUCGAGGCUUGGCACUUGUUAGAGCACGCGUUUGUAAAGCUCUGCGGAGGGAAGUCCUUGUCGUUCUACCCCCAACUGUUGCUGCUUUUAUUGUUCCGACUCGCAUUAUUCUGCAGAAAAAGAUGAGCUGAUGCGCUGUGAGAGGUGUUUUGUUCUUAAUCUCUUCCUUAAAGUAUUGCUUGGUGGAUACGGAGGAGCUGCAUUUCUGGCUUGGACUGAUUUGUUCCGGUUGAAAAGAUGUCAUCUUUGAAUUAUAGGCUGCUGGAUUCGGCUGCAACCUCGUUGAUGUCUUCUCCUCUUCGAAUUUUCUUCAGGGAUGUGAGGCAUGCCUUCAAAUUGGAUGAGCUUGGAUUGGAGAUCAUGGGGAUUGCUUUCCCUGCGGCGCUGGCUUUGUUGGCUGAUCCGAUUGCCUCCCUCAUCGACACUGCUUUCAUCGGUCACAUAGGUCCGGUGGAGCUCGCAGCCGUAGGCGUGUCUAUUGCGGUGUUCAAUCAAGUAUCGAGAAUUGCUAUUUUUCCACUUGUUAGUGUCACGACAUCCUUUGUUGCUGAGGAAGAUGCUGUCAGCAAAAGUCGCAGUGAAGACCCAGAAAGCGGAGAAUACCGAAGGUCAUUUUCUGAGGAUAGUGAAAUGAAAGAAUUGAUAACUCACAAUGAUCAUGAUGAGCAUGCACAUACCUCGUCUGUCUCCUUGGAUAAAUCUACUACCAUGACCGAGUGUGGGCAUCAUAAACGCAUUCCAUCAGCCUCUUCAGCAUUAGCAAUCGGUGGCAUACUUGGCUUUCUUCAAACUCUAUUUCUGGUUUUCGGAGCAAAACCCAUUUUGAACUAUAUGGGCAUAAAACAUGAUUCCCCUAUGAUGACACCAGCAUGUCAGUACUUGACAUUGCGGUCCCUUGGUGCUCCAGCUGUUCUCUUGUCUCUGGCCAUGCAAGGGGUUUUUCGAGGACUUAAGGAUACAAAAACUCCUCUUUAUGCAACUGUUGUUGGAGAUGCAACCAAUAUAAUUUUGGACCCAAUAUUUAUAUUCGUGUUCCAAUUAGGUGUCAGUGGUGCCGCUAUUGCUCAUGUUAUAUCUCAAUACUUAAUUGCAUUAAUUCUCUUGUGGAGAUUACUGAGGCAAGUUGAUAUCUUGCCACCUAGUAUCAAAGAUCUGCAGUUUGGUCGAUUCCUAAAAAAUGGUCUGCUAUUGCUUGCACGGGUGAUUGCUGUAACAUUCUGCGUGACAUUAGCAGCAUCAAUGGCUGCACGACAAGGAUCAAUUCCCAUGGCUGCAUUCCAGAUAUGCUUGCAGAUUUGGUUGGCAACUUCUCUUCUCGCUGAUGGUUUGGCUGUUGCUGGACAGGCAAUACUUGCAAGUGCAUUUGCCAGAAGGGAUCAUGCUAGGGCAACAUCCGCUGCUUCGCGUGUUCUGCAGUGGGGUAUGGUUCUGGGUCUGGUCCUAUGCAUCAUACUUGGAACCAGUUUGCAAUUUGUGUCAAGAUUAUUCACCAAGGAUAAUGAAGUGCUUCAACUCAUUCAUAUCGGAAUUCCGUUUGUUGCUCUUACUCAGCCAAUAAAUUCUUUGGCCUUUGUCUUCGAUGGCAUCAACUAUGGAGCAUCAGAUUUUGCAUACUCUGCAUAUUCCAUGGUCCUGGUGGCACUAGUCAGCAUUGCAUGCCUGGUUGUCCUGUCAUCUAGUCAUGGUUUCAUUGGAAUCUGGAUAGCUCUAUCAAUCUACAUGAGUUUGCGAAUGUUUGCCGGUUUCUGGAGAACUUCAAUAAAAAAGGGAAGACAAGAAACCGUCUUCUGUAAUCUUGAAUUUUUCGAAGGUAGGCGUCGGGGCCGUAGAGGCGGCGGGCAGCCUCGUCGUAGGCCAAAGCCGCCUCCUCGGCGGUGGGGAAGGAGCCGAGCCAGAGACGGGUCCGCUUCCUGGGCUCCCGGAUCUCGGCCACCCACUUGCCCCACGUCCGUUGCCGGACUCCGCGGUAUUGGCAGGAGGCGUUCUGGGGGCCGCCUUUGCCGCGGGCGGGGCCCUUGCCCUUCUUCCACGACCGGAGGGGUGCCUUUCGGAGGUGGUUGUCCAUGGAGGAGGAGAGGAGAGCGGGGAUCGAGUGGAGUGGAGUGGGGUGGGGCGGAGAGUGUGUGAGGCGCGGGAUACGUAUAACGAGAGAGAGCACGCGAUGGAUGCAUGGCUUAAAUGUUGUCACGGUUGGAGUAGGGUUUUAGGAAGGCAUGUAACGUCUACCUGACGAUAGAAACAUUUUGAAGCCGAAAAGAGCCUUUCA